ACGAACGGACAGACCGAGCACCGACUGGUUCAGCUAAUUUUCACAUUUUUAGCGUUGUUUUUGGUGUAAUUGAACAAGCAAGGAUGCAGACUAUAUUCACACGCUACAGUUGUAGAUAACCGCUAACUCCACAAAGUUACGUGUUUUUAUUUGCAACAGUAUUUGCACAGCGUUUUUAUUUAACAGUAUGUCGGCGGCUGUUGCUCUGCUCCCCUUUAAAAACUGAUUGUUUUUUCUUUUUUUGGACAGAAGUCACAACAGAGUCUUUAGAUAAUGUUGCUGACAAGUGCUCGCCUGUCCAAAGUGCUGCAGCUCACCCUGGCGGUCAUCAAACCAGAUGCUGUGGCUCAUCCUUUGAUGCUAGAGGCUCUUCACCAGAGAAUUCUAGACAACAACUUUGGGAUUGUUAGAUGCAAAGAUCUGGUCUGGAGACGACAGGACUCUGAGAGUUUUUAUGCUGAACAUUCAGGGAGAUUCUUCUAUCAAAGACUUGUUGAAUUCAUGUCAAGUGGGCCAAUGCGAGCGUACAUUUUAGCCAGGGAGGAUGCCAUAAGCCACUGGAGAGAACUGAUGGGGCCGACCAAAGUGUUCAGAGCCAGAUUCAACUCGCCUGCUUCCAUCAGGGGCCAGUUUGGACUCACAGACACAAGGAACACAACUCAUGGUUCAGAUUCUCUUGAGUCGGCUCAAAGAGAGAUUACUUUCUUCUUCCCAGACUUCUGUGCAGACGAGUGGAUGAAAAAGGAGGAGCCAUUGUUUAGAUCAGGGCAGAUCCGUUAUGACCAUCAAAACCAGAUUCACACACUUUCAUUGUCAAGCUGA